CCACGUGUCUGAAGACCUCUUCAGCUUUUCUACCUGUGGGAGACUUCUCCAUGGACGCUCUGAGUGGAGUCUGGAGGCCCCGAGCACGGAAAGACGUUCCUGAGCGACGCCUGAAACCGGAGCUCUGAGGGGGACCUCAAGCAGAGUCCUGAGCGCCGACUGGAGUGCCUGGCCAGCCCCCCACGUCGGAGUUCUGAGUGAGGACCCUGCCCCUGCGAUAUCGAGGGGUUUGCAUGUGUUUCCACAGGUGGAGGACUUAAGUGGGUCCCAGCAAAGAACGUGAAGCCCUACCACACAUCGAAGCCCGCUGACACCCUCACAUCAGCCAGUACUUCCACAAGUACAAACCAAGAAGCAAGCACCCAGACCUGAGCUGCGCAGAAUCAUCAGGAGAAAGUGAUCUGCCAGGAACAGCUCAAGAAAAGAAUGAAGUUUUAUCGUUUGCGCGCGUGCAUGUUGCUUUUGUUCUUUUGUUUUAGUUCUUGUAGUGAAGCUUUACCUGUAAGUCAACCAAAGACGAAUGUCUGGGUUGCUUUAGCCAAGUCUGCAGGCUCUGAUACCAUCUGUCUAUCUGACACAAGCCCUGACAAACCUUUUUCAACCUGCUUAGUUGGGGUACCUCUUCCAGAAGGUUUUGAUAAUGUUACUCUUGACAAAUACUGGCCAUAUGACGAUCAUCACGUAUCUCCCACUCCUAGCCAAAGACACCAAACUUAUAUUGAUAAUUCUAAAAUUGAUAAAUCUGACCUUCAAGAGCUAGAAAUCCUAGGCUCAUUAACUAUGGACACCUGCUACUUCUUUCAUUUCCUAGGUGAAGGCGGCCCUUAUUUAAACGUUACCCCUUAUCACCCAGUUUAUAGCAAUAUAACCUCUUGGUGCAAUCAAACUAAGCUUCUCAUAUAUGAUGAGCCUUACGCAGAUCGUUUUAACAAACUUCCUAUUCGAUUUCCUAAAGGAAUUUGGCUCAUCUGUGGAGACAGGGCCUGGCAAGGUAUACCUUCAAAAAUAGAUGGUGGCCCUUGUGCCAUGGGGCAACUUACAAUAAUUGCUCCUAGUGUAAAAAGGGUAGUAAAAAAGAAAAGCAGGAGGAUUAGAUCCUCCUGGGGACAUCAAUAUGAGAACGACUGUGAUAGUGAUUUUCACCCUUGGAACUCAGGAAAAUCGACUCUUAUAAGUGUUUUUCUACCUCAGAUAAGUUCCUCGAUUGCAUUGAAACAGUUAAACAAGUUAGGGUGUUGGCUCAGUAAAGAAGUAAAUGCUACCUCUACUAUAAUCAGUGAUUUGCUAACAGAUGAAGAAGCAGUGAAACAUGCCACUUUACAAAAUAGAGCUGCUAUUGACUUUCUUUUACUAGCACAUGGACAUGGCUGUGAAGAUUUUGAAGGAUUAUGUUGUAUGAAUCUGUCUGACCAUUCUGUUUCCAUUCAUAAACAGCUACAAAAUCUGAGGGAUUUAGCUAACCAAAUUACAACAGAUAGCCCAUCCUGGCUAGACGAUUUGUUUGAUGGUUGGAGCUUUGCACCUUGGCUAAAGGAACUCUGUAAACUCCUCACGGGGAGGCGCCCUCGCUGCCUUGGCAGCGAGCCCCACUCAGGAGUCCUCCUCCUGGGACUCUUACCGACGAACCCAAAUUCGGUGGCAAGCAAAGAAUAG